AUGAAGGCUUGCUCUCUGGUCUUUUUGGCGACGGUCGCCUUAGCCAAGAAAAUGCCUCCUCACAUUGUCUUCAUCUUGGCGGAUGACCUGGGAUGGGACGACGUGAGUUUCCACGGUUCGUCUCAGAUCCCCACACCGAACAUAGACGUCCUUGCUGCCGACGGCAUCACGCUUCACAACUACUACGUACAGCCCAUGUGUACGCCUUCGAGAGCGGCCCUCAUGACGGGUCUGUACCCUAUACGCACGGGCAUGCAGCAUUGGGUCAUCAGGAGUCCGGAGCCCUGGGGACUGCCGCUUGAGUUAAAGUUAAUGCCGGAACACCUCAAGGACCUUGGCUACUCGACUCAUCUAGUAGGGAAGUGGCAUCUCGGCUACUUCAAGAAGGAAUACACGCCCACGCACCGGGGGUUUGAUACGUUCUACGGGUACUACAACGGCUACAUUGACUACUAUUCUCACGUGAACGAAUACAAAUCCCACGCCGGUCUGGAUUUCCGGAACGGCGAAGAGCCAUUCCACAACGACACCGGGCAGUAUGCGACAACGCUGUUCACCGACCGAGCCAUUUCCAUCAUUGAACAACACAAUCAAACAAAGCCUCUAUUUCUGUACCUCAGUCACCUGGCCCCACACGGAGCCACCCAUGAUGAACCGCUGCAAGCUCCCGACGAAAACGUGGACAAAUUCGAUUACAUCGGGGAAGAAGACCGCACCAUCUACGCAGGUAUGGUAGAUGCGUUGGACGUGUCCGUCGGCAGGGUUGUCGAGGCCCUGAGCCGGGCGGGGAUGCUGGAGAACAGCAUCGUGGCGUUCAGCAGCGACAACGGGGCGGUGCCGUUCGGGUUCCGCUCCAACCGCGGCUUCAACUGGCCCCUGCGAGGCAUCAAGGCUUCCGUCUGGGAAGGCGGAGUCAGGGUGCCCGGAUUCGUAUGGAGCCCGCUGCUGCGGAAGAGUGCCAGGCUCUCGACGCAGAUGAUGCACAUCACCGACUGGCUGCCCACACUUUACGCUGCCGCUGGCGGGAACACAAAGAACCUGGGACAGCUGGACGGCCACAACAUGUGGGAGGCCCUCUCCAGGGGCUGGAGAUCGCCCAGGACAGAGAUUUUGCUGAACAUCGACCCGAUCACCGGUUCAGCGGGGCUGCGGUUCGGCAAGCACAAACUCCUAAUACCCGGAGUGAACGGAACCACAGAUGCACACGUGCCGACCACGGGGUACCCCAGGCCCACUGAAGACAUGGACACGAUGAUGCAGCAGUCGCUGGCUGCGAAGGUACUCAGAAGGUUCUACAACGUGGACGGAAUCUGGUUCAGGCGUGGAUGGGAAAACUCUGCCGAAGUGGACUGCGGUCCGGCGGAGUGGCAGAGCAACUUUGUUUCGGGACGUGUGUAUAAUCUCUUCGACAUAGAGCGCGACCCCUGCGAGAUGAUCAACCUCGCAGCAACACGGAGAGGGACGGUGCGGAUGAUGAUGCGGAAACUCCAGAGCUACGCAGCCGCCAUGAUACCACCCCGGAACAAAGAAGAGGACCCACGCUCGUUCCCCGAAAAACACGGCGGCGUUUGGACGACGUGGCUGGCCUGA